CCAGCAAACACUCUGCACGGCAGACUGUAAGAUAAUUGUGGAAUUAUCAUUAUUUUCAGAUUUUAAAUUAUCGUUUUCGGCUGUUUUUAAAUUAAUUCGGUUGCGCAAAUUUAAAAUUUUACUAAUCACCUGCUGGAUUCGUGAAGGCCAUGCGCAACGCGAUCCACCGCGCAACCACGGCAUUCGCUGCUAAUUGAACCAGUGAAAUCCGAUGUUGGCGCGAGUAAUGGAUGGGGUUAUUUGCGGAUGAUGUUUAGCAUCCGAUGUCGUCAUCGCCCUGACAAGGAGCAUCCCACGCUACAUGAUCCCCUCGUUCCUGUGAUAUUUUGCCUCAGUGUUGCAGGAUUAUGCUGAAGGAAGACAGAAUGAUCCAGGUGAGCGUCGUCAAGCGGUUAUUGUUGUAGCAGCCACUUUCCCUGCCAACGACGCGCAUUGAACACACGGCUUUUCCUCCUGUAUGGGGACAUGCAGCAACAAUGGCCCAGGUGAACGGUAAUCAGCAGAAUCUGGCCAUUCUGCAGCGCGUCGAGGAGCUCUUCAGCAGUAAGCUGGAGUUGUGCAUGCAACUGCAGAGUCUCGUGGAUACCUCGGCGCAGUCCCUGCAUGCAUUCCGAACGCACUGCUCCACCAGUCGAGAGCUAAUUAAAGAUGAGAUCCGCAUGCUUGAGGGUAAACUGAUCCAGCGCAUCGGACGCCAGUUGGCAGUACGGCGAUUGCUCAGUCAGCACUUUACGCACAUCUCCCAGGAGUUGAAUUUGUCGCAGUAUUUGGAGACUGAUUUGGAUGUGUUUGUGGCGCAGCGGGAUGCCAGUAUCAGCGGCGACUCACAGGUGUCCAGCCGGGAGUCCCUGGCGACGGAAACGGGCGACAGUGCCGUGACCUGUGUGUUGGAUAAGAUCCGCCUCAUCCUCGACGAGGAACUGGUCCAGCUGCCCAGUCUGAAGCAGUGGCUGGAGAUCGUUGGACUGCAACCGGCAUGUGUCAAGGCAAUCAUGGAAUUAGUGGGCAGCGUGGAGGAACUGCUACAGACAUCGGAAUCCAAAUUAAAGGCGGUGAUUGUCUCGUCCAGCGGUGUAUGUACAUGCCGCCCGGCGGACGUCUCCGAUGAUAGCCAGACCGUGCCGGAUUCGGCGUCGGAGGACACCACCAGCCGUAAAGAUUCCACGUUGCGUGUGGAGAACGGGAACACCAAGGAAAAAGGCAAACUUCCCUUCCAUAUACGGGAAGAUGUCCGGCGUCUGAUUACCGCCUGCCGAUUGCUGAGGAUCUAUACCGAUCGAUUAUUGGCUGACGAUAGUGAUCUCCGGGAGCUGGCCAACCUCAACCCCGCGGACCUACCCACCGGUCCCAGCGGGCACACCCCCUCCGCACAAAUGCCCAUUCCCAGUUCCUCUUCCUCGUCGGCCACGCCGCCCAACAGUCUGGUGCGGAAGGAAUCGGUGAAAUCCUUAUACUGGGAUAGUUGGCGGUAUCGGCCGUCGAGUGCCGCGCCACCCGUCCCCGAUUAUCCCGGAUCCGGUGGGGAUGCUUUAUCCCCGCAACAGCAAGUUCCCUUUUGCUCCAUCCAUCUCGCCGUGGACAAACGCUACGGGAUGAUGGAGCCGCGUCCGCCCGGGCAGCGGCUGCCGUCGAUGUUAUCCUCCUUCUCCUCCGAUGACAACUUUCUCUCCUCCCCCUCCACCUCCCAGUCGCAGUAUCCCGUCCCGGCCAAUCCCUCGGCCAAGACCACGCACCGCCUGACGUCGCAGUCGUCGGUGAUGUCCUCGGUCAGCACGGCGACCACCACCGGGGACGAGGCGGACGGCGCAUCCAUGUUCGCCGAUCUGGCGUCGGCGUCGUCAUCCUGCGCCAACUCGGUCUUCCCCAGUGCCAACAAUAUUCUGCAGUUAGUGCAGCAGUACGACACCAGUCCGGCGACGAUGAAACGGCAGUACGCGGCCGCCGGAGUGGAUGAGCGGGAUACGCAUUCCCCGCAGUCGGUGUUCCCCUCGCCCGGGGAGAAUGUCAUCAUCCGUCCGUCUUCCUCCACCCCGUCGCUGUUGUUAACCGGGACGAAUCCGGCGCAACCACACGCGCCGCAACCAAAUUUGACCCUGGCGCCGACGGUGCAUCGGAAGGAGCUGGUUAAAUUCACGAAAAGUUCGUCGUUGGAGUCGUCGCUGCGGCACCGUCUGAAUUCCGAUGAAACCGGGAUGCCGUUGGCCAAUCAUUCCACGGGGAACAGCGGGAGUAGUAAUAACAGCAGCAACAGUAAUAUUACGUCAGCGGCGAAGAUGCAGCCGGAGAAGGUGCACAAUUCCAGGCGGAUGCAUCACAGUAUUCACCACGUCUUUAAGAAUCAGUUCUUCCUCACGCAGACGGUGUGCGGGUUUUGUGAGAAGCAUCUGCGCGGCUUGGGACGAAAAUGCCGGCAUUGUAAACUGCGGUUCCACCCGGAUUGCGCCGAGAAGAUGCCGCCGUCGUGUGGAUUACCAGACGGAUUGGUCCGCGAGUAUUAUCAUUCGAUUAACCCCGGGUCGCGGGAUUUCCGAGUGGGCAGCGGGAGUAUCGACGCCACGACCGUUCAGGAGGAUGUCAAAGUGGAGGAUGAUGAUGAUACACUGAGUGAGUUCACCAAGCGGAAACCCUCGGAUGUGGAGGUGGUACUGCCGACGCAUAAAAAGUUUGCCACGAUUUCCAAAGGCUCGGAGAUAGCCCGCGAGGGCGGGAAGACGUGGCGAGCCAAUCUGAAGUGGUUCGCCUCUAAGACGCCGCCGCCGCUGGAUAGUCCGAGCGGGAAGAAGACCCGGUUGAAGAAACAGCGGAGUAUGUCCACCGGAAAUGCGCGGGAGAUUGUGAAAUCGCCGGCGACACCGGUACGCACGCCGCCGUUGAGUCCGGAUCUCAAGUCACCCAUUGUGCGGCGGAUUAGUGGGAGUUUCAGUCUGCCGAAAGAUCGGCGGAAGCGGAAUAAUCUGGUGCUGCCGAAGGAUGAGCCGAAAGUCAGUAAGAGUUUCCAUAGUUUAUCCACCGAGCAGGGCGGAGUGGACGGGGAGAAAGCGCGGACUCGGUUGCCAUCUGGAGCGUCGCUGAUGGAUAAGGGUCCGGGAGGGCAUGAAGGACGCACGGUAUCGGUGUCGUCGACGGGUGGCGGGACGUCACCUGGAAAUAACUCCCAGGAUUCGCUGAGCGCACCUAGCAGCAGUCUACCCUCCAGUAAUUCCGCAUCGGUGCCGGCGUCGCCCGGCAGCAUCUCCUACGGUCGCUCCGCCUCCGGCUCCACCGGGGCACCCGUCUCGCCGCUGGCCUUAACCUCCUUUGUGCAUCCGCGCAACUACCGCUCCUUCAUGAAAACCGUCAAAGACCAUAUUAAAUCGCACUUCCCCUGGCCGGCACCGCACACCAAAGACGCCAGCGGCAGCGUCCCCAAGAGCCCCACCGACACACCGGACGGGGCGCAUGAAGUGCGGAAAACCCCGGUGUUCAGCCGGCGCCGGUCGGAGGAUAAGACGGCCAGUCAGUGGUACGACGGGGUGAAGUCCCGGCAGCGCGUGAUGACGCCGGAGGAAGAGGAGGAGUCGGUGCGGUUGGAAGCGGAGGAUUCGUUUCCCUCGGAGCCGUCCAAUACGUUCCCCACCGUGUUGGUGCAGCCGAAUGCGUUGUUGGAUGCGGUGAAGGGUAGUGGAAAGGGGAAGGAUGAGAAGAAGGGACCGCGGCGGUUUUCCCUGUUGGAAGGACAGGAGGAAGCGGAGCAUGCCGGGGGGACGACGGCGUUGAAAGUGCCGACCGUAGAGGUGGAGGAUGAUAAUGAGCCCAGUUAUUCCAGUGAGAUCUCCGGGGAUCAUACGGAGACGUCGCCUAUCGCGUGGCGCAGGCAGCAGAGUUUGUACCUGCGUGAGCUGAACAUUCCGUAUGAGCAGUUGAUUAUUGGCGAGAAAUUGGGACCGGGAACAUUUGGACAGGUGUACCGGGGGAAGUGGCACGGGGAUGUGGCGAUAAAAACCCUCAAUGACGAUUAUUUGUACAGCGACGCGGAGGAAGUGCAUGAGGCCUUUAAACAAGAUUUAGCGACAUUGCGGAAGACGCGCCACGACAAUCUGGUGCUGUUUAUGGGGGCCUGUAUGAAGCGAUCGCACAUGGGACACCAGCAGAUCAUCAUCACCAGUCUGCUGUCGCGCGGCCUGUCCAGUGGCUCCACCGCCAGCACCUCGGUGACCCUGCACGAUCUCAUCCACGAAGCCCGCGGCAAAUCCCUCACGGCACCCUACAAAGUCCAGCUGAAUCGCCUGCUGAUCAUUGCCAGCCAGGUGUGCCAGGGCAUGGGCUAUCUCCACCGGCGGGGUAUUGUGCAUAAGGAUUUGAAAUCCAAGAACAUCUUCGUCACGCACGAAAAGUGUAUCAUCACGGAUUAUGGGCUGUUCAGUGUCAGCAAGAUGUCGCAACAUGGAAGGAGUGACGAUUUACUCUGGUUCCCGCGAAACUGGAUCUGUUACCUCGCUCCGGAGAUCUGUCGCCGUCUACGCACACCGCGCGAUCAAAAGCGCGCGUUCCGCGCCAGCAGCAACCACAAUGAGCCGCUGGUCCCCUUCAGCAUCUUCAGCGACGUGUACGCCUUCGGGACGGUGCUGUACGAACUGUGCACCGGCACCUUCCCCCUCCUCUACUCCGCCAACAACGCCCAGCGCCUAGUCCACAGCAUGUCCACCUCCAGCGUGCAUUCCGGGGUGGGGACGCCCUCCAGCGACACCCCCUCGACGCCCAGCACCAGCCUGCCGCCCUCCACGCCCAGCAGCCUGAAUUUCCCGGGUGGAUCCCGGCUCCCGCGGCCUCCCGAUCCCAACCUCCCGGGAUCAUUGGAUUCAGCGCUGUUCCUCAUCGCGUCCGGGGCGCAUCCCAUUUUUCGUUUAUUCCGCUCGCGAACGGGGCAGGGUCCGCGUUCCGGGAGCACCUCCACCCCGGGUGGGGUGCCACGGGGUUCGAAGCAUCCCGGAUCCCCGCCGCAGACCCUGACCAUCACGCCCGGGACGCCGCCGACCCCGGUGCAUGCGCCGGUGUAUUUAUUGUCGCCGAGUAUCGAUGAGACGGCGGCGCGGGAAUUAAUUGAGAUGAUCAGUAUCUGUUGGUCGCCCAAGAUGCCGCACCGGAAGGAAUUUCCGGAGCUGUUCCAGAUGCUGGAACGCGUGCCGAAAAAGAGUCUGGCGCGCAGUCCCAGUCAUCCUGUCCACGGAAAUCAUCCCGUGAAGGAGACGAUACACUAUUAAUGGAAUCGGAGAGUGUGUGUUUUUAACGUUUUGAUGGUUUAUGUUGCGCGAUUGCGGAGCGGUUUGUUCUCUCUUUCUUCGGGCUGGUGAAUAAGGAUCGAUUGUGAUGGGAUGGUUCCUAGCUUUUGCAAUUUAAAAUGGGUUUUGGUUUUUUUUUGCUAAUUUUAUUCUUUUGGAUUUGUGCUUUUUUAUCGUCUUAGCCUUGUUGGAUGGUAUGUGUGUAUACUGUGUAGUAUAAAUGGUUUUUCGCGGCUUGCAGGUCACUUAUGUUUGCCGUUGUGGCGCACAUUGUACAGUAGUUCGAAGUGUUAUUGACUCCAAAAAAAUGGAAUAAAACACGAA